UCCCGGCCGCCGUAGUUUUUCUCCUUACAAAAAAGAAAAAAAAACGGUUACCCAGCAACGAGAAAAACACAACCGGAAUCCUGGGUGUCAGCUCCGAGAGCUAGAAGAGGUACCAAGUAGGCAGAUUCUUCCCAAGGAGAUGUCGAUUCCGUUUUCCAACACCCACUAUCGAAUUCCACAAGGAUUUGGGAAUCUUCUUGAAGGGCUGACACGUGAGAUUCUGAAGGAGCAACCAGACAACAUACCAGCUUUUGCAGCAGCAUAUUUUGAGAACCUUCUAGAGAAAAGAGAGAAAACCGACUUUGAUCCAGCUGAAUGGGGGGCUAAAGUAGAGGACCGCUUCUACAACAAUCGUGCAUUCCAGGAACACGAAUGUGAGAAAAGUGAAUUGCAAGAAAAGUCUCCAUCUGUGACCGAGGAAGAGACACCAAUCAUGAGCUUAGACUCUGAAGAAAAUAAAGAUAAAAAGGAGACUGCUGCUGUCAAAAUCCAGGCAGCCUUCCGGGGACACAUGGCCAGAGAAGACGUAAAAAAAAUCCGAACCAGCAAAGCAGAAGAGGAAACAGAGGGAGACAACUGAGGGUACUGGCUCUACCCCCUCCCCCCCAGAAGACUCAGGAAAACAACUCAAAUCCAUCGGUCUGGCUCUAAUUGUCAGUUCUUUCCUUAGCAAGGGAGAUUUGGUGUUACAAAACAGCAUCAGUUACUGUUGUGGAAAUCUGUCAUAAGCAUUUGUUCAAUAAACAUGCCAUUGAUACACU